ACCUUUAACUUCAACAGUAUCUACCACGAUCAAUGCCAUUAGAGAUACGAAUUCAUCACAGUACUCUAAAUUGCAGAAAAACAACAUGAGAAGUCAUGGCAACAACAACAACCACCACCACGUUGAGCACUUCUGAAGCAAAUCAACUCAAUUCUCUACGCGCCGAACUCAAACAAUGGGAAAAGGCAUUUGCAGAUGCAAAUGGAGGAAGAAAAGCGGGGAGACAUGAUAUCAAGCAGGAUCCGAGUAUAGCUGCGAAAUACAAAACCUAUGGUCGACUGCGUGCUCUCGAGGAAUCAUCAGCAUCCACACAAAAUGUCGGUGGUCAGGAGAAAACCCCAUCAGAGUCGAACCAUCGAACAAAACGUAAAAUUACCGAGGUAAACGACACGGCGGACAAUAAAUUCACGCCUAGAAAAGCGCCGCGAGGAACCUUUACUCCUUCCAGAAAUACUGCAAACCCGCAUCAUCCAGCGACCAUAGACCCUUAUGAUUCCCCGUCUACCUUCCGCCGACUGUUCAGUCCCUCAACUCAUCGUCAAUUGCAACAGCCGUCUCCACUUCCACUCAAAACCGCCAUUGGACCGACACCGCAACGCAACGGUAAAAUUCUGGGGUUAUUUGAUAUGCUCUCCGCUUCGGGGGGUAGUACAGCAACACCGUCAGCUAACCGGAUUGCGACGCUUGAUCAUGCGAUUGCGCAAACUCCAUCGAGACGAAAGCCCGCGCCGAAAUUGGAUGAUAUUCCCGAGUCAGCGGAUAAUGAGAAAGAGGAAGAUGAAUAUGAGCUUAAAAAUCUCAUGGGACGAACACCAGCCUCGUCAAGUAAGAAAAUGUAUCUUGAACGACUGUUUGCGACUCCGACUACACUUCGAUUCGCAACCAUGAUGGAGGAAGAGGAUAAUCAACCACAGCGGAUACUUUACCAGAAAGCUGAAACAGGAACACAGACAGAUGUCAAGCAUCCUCUAGGUUCAGAAACGCCUAGCUUUCUGCGACGGUGGAAUUCCGGGAGGUACGUAUCUAGUAGCAAUGACAACGACCCAGCCAAUCCGUUCAGUCCGGUUGGUGUUCGGAAAUUUCAGCGGUAUAAUGGGAAACGGCUUACUGCCCUGGUGCAGGGGUUGCGAGAUAUGGAGAAUGAGCGGAUGGAGGAUGAUUGGGAUAUUCUGAAUGAAAUAGAAGCGGAGCGGAAUGGUCCUGCACUAGGGAUCGCAGGCGAAGGAGAGAACGUCCAAGUGGGCGACAGUCAAAUGCCUCAGGUCGAUGCUGGAGAUGAAAACCUGAAUGGUGGGAAGGUGUGGAAGAAGAAAGGGCAGAAGAGGACGACACGGCUUGUCAAGAUGAAGCCAGUGAUGCAGGUCAAGAACAAACCAAUGAAGCAAUCGAAGCGCACUCAGGAAAAGGAGGUUGAAGAUGAAAUUGAGGACGACCUUCAACCGAUCGUAGACCCUGAAUCGGUAGAUAUCGAUGACAAUCUCCGACGAACCCGAAAUCUUAGAGAGAGAAAGCAAAGCACAGAAACCGACCAACAAAACGCAGACGAAGAAGAUGAAUACUCAGACGACAACUCCUCCGAUUCAGACUUCACCGAAACUGCUCCCUCAAAACAACCAAUUCCUUCCACCACAAUCCCAAAGCCAACAUCUAGCUUCUCCGAGAAGCUAAAAGCCGCUUUCUCAACCAUUCCCGUACUUAAAAAGAACACGAAAAAGCCAGUCACAAAAAAGGACGAGGAUGAUAAACAAAAGGCAUCACCGAAGAAGAGAAAGGUCAAUCCUGACGCACAUGCCAAUUACCGAUCACUUAAGAUUCGGUCAAAGGGUCAAGGAAGAUUCGGGAGGGGAAGGUUUGGACGACGAUAAACUUGUAUCUUUGCAGUUUUGUUUGUUUUCAAGGCAUGGGUUUGCUUGCUAUCCAGGAGUUAGCUUUUGUUUAUAUGCAAGCGUUACGAUUCAUGACUGUAUGAAUGUGUACCUGUCAGAUAUUCUCUUUAUUUAUGUAUAGUUAUCACAGUCAUCCGGAGGUUUUAAAUGUUGGUGCAUUGAUUUGGCAAUUUGAUAUCUACAUAUUAGGGUUACUGCAGCAAACGAAGGAGUACUAAUAUCACGAUAGGCACGUCCGGCCGAUUCAAAAACCAAAUACCGUAUCUCCUCAGUAACAAUCAUAUCAACAUCCACCUCCGGCCAGCUUAUAACCAGCACCCUUCCAUCCCCAUCAACAUUGCAGAAGGAAGUCAUAGAAAAUCGACUCAAUUAUUCACACCCCCUCC